AUGUCGGCACUGUUGGGGGAUUGGGUUUGUGCAGGUGUGGUGGAUGGGGCUGUGGAUGAGGAAGAGGAGGUGGCGGAGGAGGAGGAGGAGGAGGAGGAGGAGGAGGAGGAUGUGCUCGAUGCUGAGCUUGCGUUGGUUGCUCCUGUCGCUGCAGACGUUGAGCCCGUCUGCGAUAAUCUGCUGGAUGAGGUGGAGGAUGGGAGGGCGGUGGUUGGUUCCGAGGUCGAUUGGGUUUGUGCUGAAGGUGGUGUAGUGCGCAUUGCGCUUGACGCGGUGGUGGACGAAGUCGAUAAAGAAGUUGUCGCGGCUGAUACGCUAGCUGUCGAGUCGCUCAAGGUGACGGUGCUGUAA